AUGGCAGACGGCGAGGAAGAAGUCGCGCUGCAGGAGGAGGCGUACGAGGAGGAGGCAGUUGAGGGAGGAGAGGGUGGCGAGGAAGUUGUGGAGGAAGAAGCGGGUGAAGAGGGAGAAGAAGUCAGCGGCGACGUCUCCGCGGAGACAGAGGAGGGCGGCGAGGCCACGGUGGCUGUCGGCGGCGACGGCGGCCUCGGCUACGACGAGGUACCUGACACAGGCGAAGUCGCAGAGAUCGUCCUCAUCACCACCUCGCUCGGUAGCAUUCGCAGGCAAUUCUUUGCGAGUCAGAGACUGAGAAACUUCCUCGACUGCAAAGGCGUCGUCUACAUCAUCAUCGACUCUAACCGAGACACCAGCAGUGCGAAAAAUCUGAAGGACGUGGAGCUCUUCAAGGAGUGGAAGGCCAACCGCAUCCUCAAGGCGACGCCUGAGACGGAAGACAGCGCCGAUCCUGAGAUCAUCAUUCCGCAGGUCUUGGUGGACGGUGUGUUCGUUGGAGACGAGGUGGUGCUGCAGGACUUCGAAGAAGAUGGAGACUUGGACUGGAUUUUUUCGCGUGCGGCGUGCCCGGCGUGUCUUCACGAGAAGGCGCCGGACGCGCCUUCGUGUCCCUCCUGCGGCGUGCCGUUUCGCACGCUGAUUCCUCCGCAGUACAUCGCCGAAGGCCACUUGAUUCAGAUGCUGCAGGGCUGUCCGUACAACGACGAAGAAGCCACAGAGGAGAAGGAAAGGUGGGCGCCGUCGGGCGCCUUCGAGGGCGACGUGGACCUCGGCAACUUCGAGGACGAAGAGGGUGAGGCAGAGGCAGAGGAGUGA